UUUUUUAACUACGCGUAGCGUUACGUGGAAAGAAACGACAAACCUGCAUCCCAUAACCACAGAUAACAAUAAAGAGCUGUCAGUUUUGCAUCAAACAAUAAAUUAGGGCGUAACGAUUUUUAUACCAAUUUAUGAAUAAAACUAAUAUUAAAUAUAUAUCUGAGGAGAACAAAUCAUAGAAAUGAACACGCUUGAUAAACAAUUAGCAGAUUUAAGGAUAUACGCAAACGAAUUAGAGGCAAAACUUCAAGAUGAUAUUAAUGCAGCAAUGAAGAAACCAUCAAUCCCUCCUAAAAAAAAUAAACCGCCUUUGCCUCAAAUACCCCAGAGCUGUAUGGUUAAGUCAGCCUGCGAGCCGUCCUAUUCGUCAAGACUCGAAUAUGGUAGCCGCACGAGUUCGACAUACUCAAACUUAGUUCCUGUUAAAAGUUGCAUCGUGAGGAACACGGCCAAAGUGCGAAGCGGAGAUGUCUUGUUAUACAGUAAUGUCCUGCCUCCCGGAGGCACCAACCAUGUGUACUCUAAUGUUAUGAUGCAACGUAAUGCGUACGGCAGCGACAGUAUUUACGGAGACCGCGACACGCGAUCGGAAGUCUCCAGGAUUAGUGAUUUAGGUGCGCAAUCAAACUACAGCGAGUUACGACGGCCAGGUUCCGCGUAUCCUCCGUCUUCUGCGUCUGUUAACGCUCAGGACUUCUCUACUUAUGGUGGAUCCCAAACCUCCUCAACAUAUGAAUCUCUGUAUGAGCCCAUCAACCCGAGACCUUGUAGUCAGCUGUCCGGGACCUCCUUGUAUGGGGGCUAUGUGGGUACUACAGUGGAACCUACUCCAGAGCCUGAUGAUGCCUUGUACUGCGGCAACUGCUAUAAGUGUGGUGAGAAGAUCAUGGGUGAGACCACUGGGUGCACUGCUAUGGAGAGGAUCUAUCACAUUAAAUGCUUCUGUUGUCAUCAGUGUACUAUCAAUUUACAAGGUCGCCCUUUCUAUGCAGUACAAGGCCGGGCACUUUGUGAAAGAGAUUACUUGGACACUUUAGAGAAAUGCUGUGUCUGUGGAGACCCCAUUCUGGAUCGUAUAUUGAGGGCUACAGGCAAGCCCUACCAUCCCCGCUGUUUCACAUGUGUUGUGUGUCAGAAGAGCCUCGAUGGUAUACCGUUCACAGUGGAUGCUGUUAACCGCAUACAUUGUAUUGAAGACUUUCAUAAAAGAUAUGCCCCCCGAUGCGCUCGUUGCCGCGAGCCUAUAGUUCCCGAGAGUGGCGCUGAAGAAACGGUUCGCAUCGUGGCUCUGGACAAGAGCUUCCACGUGGCGUGCUACGCGUGCGAGGACUGCGGCACUUCGCUGUGCUCGCGGCAGGAGGGCCGCGGCUGCUACCCGCUCGACGACCAUCUCUACUGCAGAGAAUGCAAUGCGCGCCGCAUACAAGAUCUCUCCAGAAACAUUAAUUAACUUCCAUACACCUAAAUUUACUAAUUAUGGCAACUAUUACAGUUAAUCUCAGGCACGUUUACUCAGCCCCAAAUUACCAUUUACCUUUGGUUUAGAGCAUAAGUAGAUGUUCAAGAGUAACUGAAUGCCAGAACCUCGCGCUCGUUUUGCGACUACGCUUAUACUUAGCUGUUAAACCCCACCUAGAUUUAGAUUAUAAUGUGUAAAUAAAUAAUUGGCCCUACCUUUAUUGGUAUUUAUGAGAAAUGAGAUUUAAAAGUAUUUUUAGUAGUUUAAUUGAUUUAUUGAACAUUCCAUAUUGCAUUUAUUUUUAAAAGGCUGUGUAGCUCAGACCAUUCAUUUAUAUCGUUUUUACAGUAUUAUUUUUAGAGAUUUUGUGAUUGUAAUAUAAGUUUUAAUUACGGAACAAAAAUAAAAUAUGUGAGGUACAAUUUCAUAAUAUAAUAAUUAUGUAUGAUUGUACCAUUAUGUUUUGUUGUACACACUUGCGUCACAUACAAGCAUACAUUUUUCUGUAUAUUACGCACAUUAAUAUUCCUAUUAUUGUUAGCACAAGUGUGUACCAUUCUGCAUAGAUAGUGCCAUGUUUACUUUGUAUAGUAUUAGUUAGGUUUCCUUGUUGGUGUCUAGUUUCUUAAGUAAUUGUUAAGAUAUUGUAAGUAUUUUACUGUGUACUUAAUUAUGAAAAUCGAUUGACAAUUUACUGCUUGGUAGAUGAUAAAUGAAAAUUGACUUCAAUUACGCCUGCAUGUCUGCAUUUAAUUAGUUGAUUUAAACACAAAACUAUAUAAAAUAAUAAGCGAGUACUUAUGUAUUGGAUUAUAGAUCCAAGCAAAACAUGUUUUUCUUUAUAGACAAAUAAGUAUUGUUAUGUAAAUUUUCUACAUAAUUUGUAUGUUUUUACAUUAUACUGUAAAAAGCAUGGUAAUUUUUUUAUACCAGCUUAUAAAUUUAUAAAAUGUAGGUUAAAAUAGAAUCAAACGAAGUUGUACCAUGUAACUGCCAGUUUCUGAAAUACGAAUAACUAAAUGUUUAAGCAAUUCUAGAUUAGAACGAAAUAUACAUGUAGUUAAAUUUUUUAGGCUUACUAGUCAUCAUCUACUACAUGCUGCUAUUGUGUAGAGAGAAAUAAAAGUAUACACUCCGAAA